GCUCGCUCGCGUGGCAAAUAGGCGUUUCGAAAGUGAAGUCAUGCGCGUUGAUUGGCAGACCGAGUGAUUCGUCGUUAUCUAGUAACGUUGCAAACUAGGGAGUCAGCCGUCGUACUACAUUUUGCAUUACACUUCAAUGGAGGACCGGCCCGGUGGAUGGGUAGCUGAGGGAUGUUUAAAGCAUGAAGGAGAGAGUUGCCCCGGUCUACCGAACGCAUGGGUAGAAAAUGAUCAACGGCAUAGUCAGCAACAGUACGAGGAAGCGCAGACGGAGAAAACCGGUAAUGGAGAAAUACAUGGAACCCUAGUAGAGAGAGAGGACACCCCCUCUGCGCCUGGCCCUGCUGAUUCCUUUAAUUCCUCCAGCAGCAGUCUUGAAACGGCAAAUUUGAAACCGAGACCUCCUGUGAAGCCCCUCGCAACUCAUGCGAAAGGCAGUAGCAAUAGCCAUUUUAAGAACAGUAUGAACUGCAGAAAUGACAAGCCUCCAGAGCUGAAAAUAUGUGAGAGCAAGAGCGAGUCCACUGCUCUACCAAAUGGCAGUGUACUCCUCCAGCCUGGCCUCUAUGCUAAUGGUUACCCGACCAAACCUGCACUGGACAGUGGUGGCAGUGGUUUUGAGAGUGGAUACAUCACUCCCAAGAAACGCUGGGCCCAGCGGAGUGCAAGGGCUGAGCAGAGUGUGACUGGGCAGGAGAAGGCUAUGCUACAUGCGGCAAUGGUUCCUAACAAACGUGAGUCGGAGCCUCAAACCCCAGAGCCUGACAAAAUCUUAACCGGUUCUCAGUCUCUGACUUUCAUCAAAGGUGUUCCGCCUGUGGAUCAGCUGGGUGAACUACAGUGUAAGAACUCUGAGGGCAAGGCUUCUGCAGGCUCUGUUAAAAAGCUGGAAGACCGAUCAGGCAAAGCUAAGGUUAUCUCAUCAAAGGAUGAUUCGUGGACCCUAUUCAAACCUCCCCCUGUAUUUCCUGUGGACAAUAGUAGUGCCAAGACCGUGCCCAAGAUCAGUUAUGCAAGUAAAGUGAAAGAAAAUUUAAACAAAGCGGCAGUCCAAGUUGCGGAGGACAUAUUACCUCCCCAGUCCCAAGUGCCCACCAAACUCUCCCAAGUCCCAAUGUCUGCUGUCAAAACCAUCACCUCCCCUAGCUUUACCAAUGGACCCCUAUCUGGAGAGGGGAUUAACUGCCCCCUUCCUGCCCCCCUGUUUACCACUACUGCUUGCCCUGCCCCCACACAUGUCUCUCCUUUUAACAAGGGAGAGAAUGAAGCAUCCUCACCAAGCCACAGCACCAAUACUCCAGGUGCCCCCUCCAUGACUACAAGAGAGCUGAAAAAUCCCAGUUUCCUGGCUCCUUCAAAUAUGCAAUCUGCACUUCCCAGCGCACGCCAACUUGACACAUCUGCCACUAACACAAGCCCCAAAGCUCUAGUGGACAUUUUCCAGAACCAGUGGGGGCUGUCCUUCAUCAAUGAGCCCAGUGCAGGGCCCGGGGCGGGGGUGGCAGUAGUAGGGCCCCCAGCCCGGAAAGGUCAGAUAAUGGAGAUCACCUUUCAGGGUGGAGGCCCUGCAGCAUUGCCUCUGCAAAUCUCUGCCACAUCCACUUUGAGACCAGACAAGCCCCUGUUCCCAAAGGUUAAUGAGCAGGACAAACAAACAAUCUCCCAUUCCUCUAACAGUAUUGGGAAAACAUGCCCUCUUUUGAAUCCUAGCCCAGAUGGGCUGCGAGGCCACAACCCUGACCCGGACAUUCAGAAGGAUGAGCCUGGGAGUAGUGCUGCCAGAGUGGUCACCUCUUCUAAGGGCCCUGGUGCUGAGCUGCCAGUGGCCUCUUUUGAUCAUCCUGUGGCCAAGGAGCCAAGCCACUCCAAGGGCUGUGAACCAAGGUCUGGCUGGGGGGCUUUUGAUCUAAGAGCUGCUGUUAUUUAUCACAUUAAAGAAGUUGAAUACAUUUGGAAUUUACAGAAACAAGAUCCAAAAAGAGUAGUGUUUUAUGAUCAGACCAAGGAUGGGCCAGUUCCGUUAAGUCAUGACUGAGGGCUGCGUCGUCUUCUGGCUGCUGCCUCAUGUAACAGUGUCCUGGUGGACACUCGGAAAUGCUCCUUCUCCUCCCUGAGACUCAUGUGCAAGUCUUUUCAUCUGGACAGCUUGUGCUAUUUAGGGGAGACUGUACAGUAGCUCUUAUAGAGAUGCUGUCAGUUGGGACAUUACAGGACGGUUGAAUAGUGCGGGAACAAGCAUUUUGACAGGAAACGUCAGCCAGUGUCACAGGCAUUUCUUCCUCAAUUCCCAUGUUCAGAGACAAGCUUGGUGUCGUGUGGGAUGCUCAGUCAGUCUUUUGGUUGCCACCUUCGGUGUCCUCCCCCAAUCUUUGGAGUCACAGGAAAUUGGAGAGAGAUGGCCUCUCCUCCCUUAGUCUUUCAAGGGAGAUAAACUAUUAAAUCAGAUUUGUUUAGGAUUACAAAAUGUUCACAUUGUAUGGACUCUGAAGUGUUACCUCUGCAAAAUAUAGAAUUCAGACUGAAAUCAAUGGAAAUUGCUUGACAUAAGAGCCUUCUAGAUGUUGGAACAAAAAUUUUAAAGUUGGGUUUUCUGUUGUAAUUCUAGAAUGCAGCCAAAUAUCAGGGGAGGCUUUGAAGCCCCCACAAAACAAAUGUCUUAACUUGAUUUUGGAGUAUUGCGAGGUUGAUUCACAUGAUUUUUCUUGUAGUCUCCCUGUUGAGUUACACUAAUGAGAAUUCCCACAUGGGGUGGACAGAUGGGUGGCUGGAACUUGUGAGUUGACGGUUAAAUCAUGAGAAUAUGCAUCCCUGUCCGUUAAGGUCUAGUCUGUUUUCAUUUUCAAAGUUGAGUCUUAAGUCUUAUGUUAAUGAUGGACUGUUCGGGGGCGGGGUGUCUUUCUCACUAUAGACUUGGUGGGUUUGGUAACCAACACUGAACAAAGGCUAUACCUUUUCUGUUGUCUUUUCAAUUUCUGUUAAUCACAGUUUAUACAGUUAAUGCUUUACAUUACACCUGCUUACCAUCUCAGUGCUUGAAUGAAUGCCGCUGCUUAGCGUAAAUGUUAUUUUUAAGGUUUAGUUUUUCUGGGCAGUCUCUUUCUCAUUGGGUUAUUGCACAGAACAGGCCAUUAGGCAGUGACCACUUGUUUGUACUGUAGGAGAGCUUCAGAGUGAGAUUGACGCGGGGCCCAAUUUUAACUAGAAAUAUGCAAAUAUUCACUUUGUAGAAGUCUUCUGUUGACAUUGAUGGAUUUAGGUGAAACGUUGGUCUGAAGGUCUGAUUUACCUUCAGAGAAGAAUUGGGUAAAAAUCAUAGGAUUGGGUUCCAACCUUCUUGGCCUUAACACUCAGUGGAGGAACAUGUGCUAGCUUUUUGUUCCUCUUGCUGUAGUGUCAAGGCCUUGGCUGAGAUAGUGUCACCCUGAGAUAGUGGAGGAUUUCUCCAUUUGUUAAUUUAAUCUGCAUACAUUAUGAUAACUGAUCAGCACUUUGAAUGUAGAUUAUAUAGUUAGAGUAACAUUUUGUAAUUAACCAAAUUAAAUGUCUAAAAUGUAUCCUUUUUGGCUUCUAACAAUCAACAUCCUUCUAAUGAGGACAUUCUGUUUAUGACCUAACAUAAUUGGCCAUGUAAUAAUCAAUGUUGCCAAACUAAGCCAGGGGAUGUCUUUGGAAUUUUACUGUGUAUGCUAGGGUUUUAUUUGUAUUCUUAUUAACUUGUUCAAAUGGCAGAUGGAUUUCACCUUAUUCGGGGAUUAUCUUGCUGUGAUUUUACCAUUGUUUUUGUUUCGCAGAUGUUGGAUCAUACUUUUUUUUUUUUGUUGUCUGAAAAAAUAUGAAAUCUGGGUAUUUGGCAUCUUCCCUUAGUUUGUAUCCCUCCUAAAUUGCAAUUAACGUAUUGGAAAGUAAUGAACUAGCUCUGACAUUUUAAUGGAAAAAUAAAUUCUGUUCUCCUAUAUUUAGAUGGCAUCAGCGGCAGGUGUAAUGGAACAUGCUGAUAAAGCCUGUUCUAGCAACUGGGCCUUGUUCUGGGGUGUUUUUGUGUGUGUGGAUGCAUGCAUGAUGUGUAUCUUCACAAAGGUGGUUAAGUCAACACAAAAUGCAGAGUGCUUUUGUAAAAAUAUAUAUAUAUUUGGGAGGAAAAAAAAGGAAAAGAGAACAUACAAGAACAUCUGAGUUUUGUGAAGUAUGUUUUUCCCCAAAAAAGUUGUGCCACGUUGUCUUGACUGUUCAUUCUGUCUUGUAUUAAGUUAUGUUAGAUUGUUGCUCACUUUUAUUUUCCUGCUGUAGUUAUGGUAAGGAUUUUAACAACAGUUGUCACCAUUUAUAAAUCUAUUAAAAAUUACAUAGAUGAUUAAA